AUGGCACACCUGCUGACGCGACCUUCAGAAGCACUGCAGGGUUUCUACCAAGUAGCAAGCCAAGUCGCAGUCCCCACAACCCCCCACACUUCUCCUGAUGACCGCGCCCAACUCUCUGCAUCUAUUCACACCCUCGCUCUCGCCGUAGAUGGACUUCCUCGCCGACCCAACAGGCGUCGAGGCGGCGGUGAUGAGGAUCUUAAGCACUCUGACUGGCUGGACGAGGAAGCUCACGCUUCAGGCAUCCGCAUCUGGAACUUUGCCUUCUCCGCCGACUACAAGAUGGCCAACAGCCCUGAGGCGGCCAAGGAAGACUUGCUCGUUGUUGCCCAGAUCAAGUAUGUCGCCUUCAAGCUUAUUGACGCAGCUACGUCUCCCGGAGUUCUCGGGCCAUUCCUGAGCCGCCUUCUGAUGUUGGCAUCCAAGGCGGCAUCUUCACUUUCUCCCAUCGACACCGACGGUAUUCUCGGUGGUAGCAAUCUCCUCACGAUCGGGCAGAGGGUGUUCGCUGUCGGUGAAACUCUCCGCAAAGGAGCCUCGCAGGAGGCUGGAACUUGGUUUCCCCUGGGCCUAGAAGUCGUGGAGAGGGCGAAGACUAUGGGACCGCUCCUGGGUCUUGAGGAGCUGCAGAUGGCAUUGUUGCGCAGCGCGACUCGUGUGGAACUCCUCAGGCCUCUUGAUGCCUCCAACUUGGAGCGAGUCGGCAAGAUGCUGUCCGAUCUCGUCGCUGUGACAAACACACUCGACCCCCGCAACGUCCACGAUGUCAAGAUUCUCCAGCUCCAGAUGCUUCAGCAGCAACAGGCCAAGGAAGAGGAUGUCAGGGCUGGUGAGAAUCAAGAUGCCCUAUCAGCCAUUAUCGAAGCGGUGAAGUUGACAGAGGAGACUGUUGUCGACCCCGAUCUGCAGCGCUUUGCUCGCCAAGAGCUCCUCAACAAAGGCUUGGAGGUCAAUGCUGGCGCCACUCACAUUUCGCGCAUUAUCGUCGGCAUUUUGAUUGGUGUUCGCAAGUUAGAGAAGGACAAGCAAACAGCCCUGCGUGUAGCUAAGCAGGCGCUGGACAGGAUUAGCACGGCAGAAGUUGAACUCGACGGGAAAGCCAGCGCGGCUGCCUGCCAAACGGUGAGAUACCACACAUUACAAGGGCUAGCUGAUCUCCAGAUUAUCUGGGGCUUCGGAGAGUCAUCGGCGAAAGCAUCCAACUUCUUACACGCUGCCGAGUGGUAUUGUCAUGAGCGUCGGCUGACUGUGGAAGAUGCGCUCGGGUGCCACAAGGCUCUUAUGCCUUGGGGACGUGACAAUGCGUCUAAGUGUCGGCGCAAGGCCGCCCUAUGCUGCAUCAACGCAGGAGACUUCGUUGCUGCUCAAGCACAUCUCGACCAGUCCCCUGCCACGGAGGCUUCGACGCACUACCUUGGCUUUCUCAUAGCCGCCCAGCAAGGGAGAGAGCUUGCCGCCGUUUCUGCCAUCAGCGCGAUCCUCAACUGCAAUGACCUCGACAGCAAGCAGUUGCUCUUGAUGGUUCAAGUCUCUGUGGAGAAGAAGAUGCACGGUGCUCUGGAAAAGAGCCUACAGGCGCUUCUCGAAGCCUUGAGGAACCCUGCACUUGCCUCAAACAUCCACACGCACAGUAUCACGCUCGUCAGUGAGGAGCUCGCGGCGACUUUCGUCAACUACAUGGGAGGCGGUAGGGCAUGCGGGAUACUCGAGUCUGACAACACUUCAGCUGCUGAAAUCGUCAACCAUCUCUACCAGAGCGGUGAAGGGGCCGAGUAUGUCAAGGAGAUUGCCUGGCUCUACAAGACUGCGUUCAACGUUGGAGUGACUGGCGCCAUGACAUGGCCCUCUGCACUCGUGUCCGAGCUGUUCGACUACACGGGGAUGAUCAUCUCCCUGUACCAGGCCAUCGCACCUAUUGAUUGUGACCCCGACAUCGCCGUUCACUACGCGACCUGCUGUUUCGCGUGCCUCCAAGGCAAGAUGAGCGGCUACAGCGAGAUGGAACCAGGCGAGGAAAAGAGCGAACUGGCCGACCGGCUCAUGGAAUACCUUGUGUACGUUCGCAUGGCCAUCGACAACAUCGAGGCGGCGCAUGCCAAUGCGGAGCCGUUUAAUACGAUGAUCCACACUCUGGUUCAGCAUGAAGCCGCCUUGCUGUGCGACCAAUCCAACUGGGACAGGCUUAAUGUCAUGAGCGAGCGCGUCCUUGAGUGCGCUCCUCUCGACUCCCCGGCGGACGUGGUCAACUACGCCCGGUGGAAUCGAUCGCUCGUCCUCAGCCUUCUGCACCGGGGCGGCGAGGAGAAUGGUGACAAGGCUUUCAACCUGCUCACCAAGGCCAAGGCGGUCGUUGACGCGCCAGGUGGGGCGGAUGCCUAUCCUGAUGAGGAGGGCGAGUGGCUGGUUUCCACAGCGUGGGGAGAGGGGACUGAGCACCUGAGGUACAAGCGGUACGCCCAGGGCCAGCGCUGGUGCAUGCUGGCCAUCUCGCUGUGUGUAUCGGUUCCGUCGGCGUAUCAGCACUGUGAAACGCUCAAGGGCAACUACUUGCAGAUGCUCGAGCGGGCUGGCUUCAAGCCGGACAUCAAGCUGCUGGGGUGGGCGUGA